AUGAACGGCCAGAAUGCCCACCUGUAUGAUAUGCCAAUCGGCCAGACUGAUCUCCAGCGUCUAGAGAAGGGGCUGUUGGGUGGCCAGUUCUGGAGCGCAUAUGUGCCCUGCCCAAAGAACCCAAACAAGGAGGCUGGCGGUUUAGAAGCCCUCCGCCAGACGCUUCAACAGCUCGAUGUAAUCCACCGAUUGAUCGAGACGCACCCGACAGUACUGCAGUUCGCCGACUCAGCCGCCAGUAUCUGGAGCAGCUUUCGCGCCGGCCGCGUCGCGAGUCUGAUCGGGGUAGAAGGCCUGCAUCAGAUCGCUGACAGCGUCAGCGCCCUGCGCAGGUUGUAUCGACUGGGAGUUCGCUAUGUGACGCUGACGCACAACUGUCACAAUUCCUUUGCGGAUGCGGCGACAGUAUCCCCUGAGAUCCACGGCGGAUUAUCCCGCAAAGGAGAACGGCUGAUUCGAGAGCCGAAUCGAAUGGGAAUGAUUAUUGACCUCUCGCACACGUCACACAAGGCUCAAACCCAAGCGCUGCGACUUUCUCGGGCACCCGUCAUCUACUCUCAUUCCUCCAUUCUCUGCGCACACGCUCGCAACGUCACCGACGACAACCUGCACCUGCUGCAACGCAACGGAGGCGUAAUCAUGAUCUGUUUCCUGCGCGAGCUGCUCGCAGCCGAGGCUGACCAGGCCGCGCUCAGUCAUGUCAUCGACCAUAUCAUCUACGCCGGCACGCGGAUCGGGUACGAGCACGUCGGCAUUGGGUCCGGCUUUGACGGGAUGCUCCGCGGUCCGGACGGGCUGCAUGAUGUCUCGUGCUACCCUGCCUUGGUGGCCGGGUUGCUUGAGCGCGGAGUAUCCGAGGAGGAUGUCAAACGGGUGAUGGGAUUGAAUGUCAUUCGCGUGCUGGAGGAGGUGGAGCGUGUUGCUGCCGAGCUUCAAGGGGCCGGGGGAGAAUGUCUGUGCGAUGAGUUGGACGAGGGUGGAAUGAGGAUAUCAAGGGGCAGUUGA